UUGCCCAAUGGUUCAAAACAUUGUGCUAUAUAUAUUCAUUGCUCCACAACCAUUCAACACUCUACCAACUUUCCCUUCCUUAAUCCUUCUUCUAAGCUAAUUACUUAAAGUCAGAUCACCCUUUUCUUUAUUCAGCGUCUUUGACCCUUAGCAAAUUACCUCUUCUACAUAUUCAAACUCCAGUGUACACUCUUCGCUAUUUUUUCCAAUUUUAACCUGAUUUUUGUGUUUAUUGUUUCUCUCUAGUUAGAUAUUAAGAAGGGAAAUUUCGUUAAUUUCGGUUUGAUCUUUUUGUAAUUAUGAGGUUUCUUUCCGACGAUGAUCUUAUUACAAAAAGAAUGCAAUCAACAUGAGUUUGCAACCUAACCUUUUCUUAAGAACAAUCCAGUGUCAAAAAGUUUAUAUUUCUGGAUAUUCCAAAUAUUUAGUAGUUUUUGAUCGCUACAACUAUCUUGUAUUGCAAGCAACAAGUGUGAAUUAUGCAAAUGGGAAGUUCAUCUUUACCUCCAGGAUUUAGAUUCCAUCCAACAGAUCAGGAGCUCAUAGGCUAUUAUUUAAGUAGAAAGAUAGAAGGUCUUGAGAUCGAGCUUGAAGUCAUUCCUGUUAUCGAUUUAUACAAAUUCGAUCCUUGGGAGUUACCAGAUAAGUCUUUCCUUCCAAACAGAGAUAUGGAAUGGUUCUUUUUCUGUCCUAGGGACAAAAAGUAUCCAAACGGUUUCCGAACCAAUAGGGCUACAAAAGCCGGAUACUGGAAACCGACCGGUAAAGACCGGAAAAUCACUUGUAGAUCGUCGGGUGUUAUAACCGGAUACCGGAAAACACUAGUUUUCUACGAAGGUCGUGCCCCAUUGGGCGAGAGAACUAACUGGUUCAUGCAUGAAUAUCGUCUAAAUCAUGACGAUCUUUCUCAAAAAUCACCAAAAUUCAAGGGAGCUUUCGCAUUAUGUCGUGUAGUUAAGAAGAACCAACUUAAGACUAAAACCUUGAAAAAUAAAGAAGAACAAGCAGUUGGCUCCGGUUGCUCUAGCCUUGCGACUUCUCCCUGUCGAGAUGGAACGAUGCAGUUUCAAUCAUUCAACCCUUCUUCUUCUACUACAAACAAAUCUUCUAGCAUGUGGAUAUCUCCUGAUUUCAUCCUUGAUUCCUCCAAGGAUUAUCCUCAAAUUCAGGAGGUUGCUUCUGAGUACUUUCCCAAAUUUCAUUUUCCAGUCAAUGCAGCCAACCAUCACGUGGGACUUCGCGAGAGUUCUUCUUAUUUGAACGUUGAUCAGGACAUUGACCAAUCAAUGCAAACUGGUUAUUGGCCAAAUUAUGAAUACGACCAAACGGGUUCAUUCGGUUACUCAAACCUUUUCUAGAUAGAAGGAAAUGUGUUGGUCUCUCUUCCGAACUAAAACGCCUUUUAACGUUGGAGUCCUGGAAGAAGAGUUUCAUAAAAAAACAAAGCAGCAACUAGACAAGACAACAUAGAGUUGACUUCUAAAUCGUGUUCCUUUACAAAACCAGAAAAAAGAGUUGUCAUAUAGUUGGAGUCUCUUGCACUUUAUUUUUAGAAUAUAAUUAUAUUGGUUGCUUUUGAUUUUGUUUUUUUGUUUUUAUAUUACUAAUGAAUAUAUUGUAUGCUCUGUGGGAUGACUAUAUUUAAACAUCCUAAUUUGUAAAACUUUAAAAGAUGAUAUUGUAGUCUUAUUUUUAUG